CAAUGUGUACCAUUUGAAAAUGUGCGAAAGAAAUUGUUUUAAUUUAGAAAGUUUACCCACGAACCAUUGGGAAACCUUCUGUACAAGUCAUUUUAUUAUAAAACAUUGCGUAUCUUGGACAUAAAGUGUCAAUCACCCUGUUUGGUCAUUCUUCCAAGAAACAACCUUGUGGUGGUGUUAUAGUGAAAUUACCACUGUCGGUAAUCUGGAUCGCAAAUCAUUUCGUGGUUAUGUCCGUUCUGAGUAAUUCCUCCUCCAGGGUUUUUAUUUAAUCGUGGCAAUUAACACAGAGUAUUGAUUGACUGAAGAUUCAUCGGUUUUCUCAAUUUUCAUCGAAGGCCGCGAACUGUUUUCUCAGUUCAGGUGAUUGUCCGUUCGCGUACUUCGCGUUUUCCCCGUUCCGUGCAUUCUGUGUUUAUGAGAUCGGAUGCCAGAUCCUUCGGAGUCAUCUGCUUAUCUGUGUUCCGAUGUUUGGGAUCUGGUCUACCCCCAAGUGCGAAAAAUCAGUUUUCACCCACAAACCAUUCAGUUAUCUCAGGACCUGUUUUCGGUGCGAACAUGAAGAGUCCAUUCUUCGUGGGUUCAAUUUAAUACAGUCAGCCCGUGGCAGGGGUUAAAUUUAAGUAGUGAACCUCCCACCGCCGAGCCACUGAGCCCAACCAAUCAGAGAUCUUAACCCGGUUAACGUAACUUUAACCGAGCUCCAACUGUGGUUAGCUAAACCAUAAACUGUCCCUCACUCUCCAUCAGGGAAAACACCAACUCCAAACUGAUUCACUAAUCUGGAAUGCGACUUUCUCUAAAACGAGCAAAUCACGAGAUCUGUGGCAUUGAAAUUUGCUCAUCAUCGAAUUGGUUCAAGAAGAAACUCGAGUUCUAUCUGCCAGUGUCGAGCAGCUGGUCGGACAUGGCAAACCCAGGGGAUCGUCUCAAUUACCUCCAGGACAGCAGCAGUGACACUGAGACGGACUGCAAGGAGACUGAUGGACGUGGACGACACAGGGUUUGCAAGAAUAACUUGAGUUGUGGUGGCACGUCGAAACCCAAGCCAUGUCUGGUCCAGAAGGACGGAGGUAAUCCACGAAGGUGUCAUUCUUACGAAUCAGCGUCACAUAGAUCAAUAGUUCAUCAUCAUGUCAAUAGAGUCCGCCCAGGAGCAAUCGUAAUGAAUAAAACGUCACAGCAGAGUUCACUGCGUGACAGUGUGACAUCAGGCGUAACCGCAUCAGGCAUGAACAAUCAACUGAGUGACGAUCGUAUAACAUUGAUAGUCGAUAAUACGAGAUUCAUACUGGAUCCAGCUCUCUUCACAGCCCAUCCAAAUACUAUGUUAGGUAGAAUGUUCAGUUCGGGAAUUGAAUUUGCACAGCCAAAUGAGAGGGGAGAGUACGAAGUUGCUGAGGGAAUAUCAGCUAUGGUAUUUCGCGCUAUUUUGGAGUACUACAAAGGAGGCAUUAUUCGCUGUCCACCGACCGUUACUGUUCAAGAGCUGAGGGAGGCGUGUGACUAUCUGCUCGUUCCGUUCGACGCGAAUACUGUCAAGUGUCAAAAUUUGAGAGGACUGCUCCAUGAACUCUCGAAUGAAGGGGCUCGAUGUCAGUUUGAGGUUUUUCUUGAAGAUUUGAUUCUGCCUUUGAUGGUCAAUAGCGCGAGGCGGGGAGAUAGAGAAUGUCAUAUUGUUGUUCUACUCGAGGAUGAUGUUGUUGAUUGGGAUGAGGAGUAUCCACCCCAGAUGGGGGAGGAGUAUUCUCAGACUGUAAACAGCAUAGCAAUGUACCGUUUCUUCAAAUACAUCGAGAAUCGAGACGUUGCAAAACAAGUGAUGAAGGAAAGAGGCCUGAAGAAAAUCCGUCUAGGCAUAGAGGGCUAUCCAACGUACAAAGAAAAAGUGAAGAAACGCGCUGGUGGUAGAGCCGAAGUAAUAUACAACUACGUGCAACGUCCAUUCAUUCACAUGUCCUGGGAGAAGGAGGAGGCAAAGAGCAGACACGUUGAUUUUCAAUGUGUCAAAUCAAAAUCCGUUACCAACUUGGCUGAAGCAACAGCCGACCCAGCAUUGGACGCAGGUGGAAAUCCGAUAAAUGCACUGCUCCAUCAGACUGAACCAGUGCCAACACCUGAGCCAGCACAGGCAGGCUCGGAUCCUGACGCCGAGGGGGCAAUGGCCCUCAUGCCUGACGCCGACUUGGGCCGACUUUUGCCUGAAGAACUUUUGUAAAACAAUUACACGUACAUGUUUACCAAUUACCCCAGUUAUUUAAGAACGCAUUCUCCUCUGUACAUAACCAUCAUAAUUUUUUUAAUUAUUAAUUCACAUAUCGGUGCUAAUUCACCAGUUGAUGAGUCGUGAGAUAUCUUGAAGUGUUUUGAAUUUUUUUGCAAUUUUAAUAAAUAAAUGUUUCGAAUUUGAAA